CAAUGAAAAACCAUAUCAAGAAAAUUGGUUAUCAUUGUUGAUUGCCAAAACAGAAGAAAUUUCUUUCCUCUCUCUAACUAUCAAUAGUGAAAAACAAUUUGAAGUUGAAGUAUUUGAAGCAAUAUAUAAGAAAGAGCUUCAAAAUCUUUUAGGUUAUCUUGAAGCUUAUAUUCACUCUUACUUCUAUACUUAUAAAGAUGAACUUAAAUUUGAAAUUAUAAACAAUACAAUGGAUUUGAUAGAAUGGAAAAGAAAAGGAUAUGAAAAUAAUUGUGUAGAAUGGUUUAAAAAUAUUAAUUAUGAUUGUGAAAAAUAUAGUAUUAAAUAUUUAUUCUUAUAUAGUGAUAUUGAACAAUACAACAAAGAAUAUUUAGCUUAUUAA